AUGAAGGGAGCAUUUGCCGAAUCAAGCGGGACCUCGGCCUCCGCAGUGGCCGAAAGUUUUGCCGAGGAUAUCGUCAUCGAGAUACUCUUGAGGCUGCCGGUCAAGUCCUUGGGGCGAUUCAAAUGCGUCUGUAAAGGGUGGCGGUCUCUAAUAUCCGACCGGGGCUUCGCCAAGUCGCAUCUGGAAAGGCUAAAGGCAGGGGAUAUGAUCUCUAGUCAGAGAAUCUUCAAGACCAGCCCCUUCGAGACCAUAGACUACGAAUUGCUCGACGGCGGCAUUGGCGGCGAGGAUGAUCGCGCGGUGGUAAAGUUUCAUGAGCCAAGAAUGGACGAUUCUAGCUGGCCUCUGGAGCUGGUGGGGUCUUGCGAUGGCUUGGUAUGUUUAUCUGUCAUGGGUUAUAGCGGAUUUGUCCUCUAUAAUCCGACCACUAAGGAGUGUAGGAAUUUGCCCGAUUCCCAUCAUUUUCGACCAGAUGGGUUUUUCCAUGGAUUCGGAUAUGACUCACGAUCUGAUGACUACAAAAUAGUACAACGCAAGAAGUGGGAUGGUUUUGAAGAUCAACAGGUGGUGAUAUUUUCGCUCAAAUCCGGUUCUUGGAGAACUACACAAGCCAAACUAGAAAGUCAUCUCUCCCUCUACGAACGAGGAGAUGGAGUUUAUUGGAAAGGGGCCUUACACUGGUGUGGCCUCGGCCAAGGCAAACAAAAGACCGAGGACGUGAUUAUAUCAUUCGAUUUGUCGGAAGAGAAAUUCCAGCAGGUACUUCGGCUCCCUGAAGACAAUGGGGACAUGCGUUUUGAGGGACUUGGGGUUCACGGGGCCAAUCUGUUUGUGUACCACGGCAGCUAUAAGGACUGCUUCCAGGCGUGGAUAACGAGUGAAUACGGGAAAGGAGGGUCGUGGACAAAAUUCAUACACAAAAGUGGCAAAAUCGUUUUCCAAGUCGAUGUGUACCGGACGAUUAUGUUCAAUCCAGAGGAUAAUACUUACAAGGACUAUCCAAUCCAGCGCCACCACGAUGUCGAGUCUACCAUCUACAUGGAAACUCUUAUUUCUCCCUAUCUUGACUGUGAGCCAUCAAGAAUCUAG